GGCUGCUUGUUAGGAAGUCAGCGGCUGUUUUGAAGAGAGGAGGUACCGGUAACAGCCAGAUCCGCGCCCCUCUCUCGUGUAGACACCCGGUAGGCUGUCCAGGACCCACUGGGGAGAAUCCCAGAGGUGAUUUCUUUGUUCACGAAGACAUUUUCAGUUUCAGGAAGGACCCUGGCUUCCCCCGUCUCUGCUCCAUCCAGCUACGUAGGCGCCAUGGAAGUGGCAGAGCCCAGCAGUCCUACUGAGGAGGAGGACGAGGAGGAAGAGGAGCAGUCCUCAGAGCCUCGGCCCCGCACACGCUCCAACCCUGAGGGUGCUGAGGAUCGGGCACUGGGGGCCCAGGUCAGCGUGGGCAGCCGCAGUGAGGGUGAAGGUGAAGCAGCCAGUGCGGAUGAUGGCACGCCCAAUGGUCCAGGAACUGGUUCCAAGCCCUGGCAGGUGCCUCCACCAACACCUGAGGUCCAGGUUCGGACACCCAGGGUCAACUGUCCAGAGAAGGUGAUCAUCUGCCUGGACCUGUCAGAGGAAAUGUCAUUACCAAAGCUUGAGUCAUUCAAUGGCUCUAAAACCAAUGCUCUCAACGUCUCCCAGAAGAUGAUCGAGAUGUUCGUGCGGACAAAACAUAAGAUUGACAAGAGCCAUGAGUUUGCUCUGGUAGUGGUGAACGAUGACACGGCCUGGCUCUCUGGCCUGACUUCUGACCCCCGUGAGCUCUGCAGCUGCCUCUAUGAUCUGGAAACGGCCUCUUGUUCUACCUUUAAAAACAGAUUCAGAGAGGGCCAGCAACUUGGCCAGGGUCACGCUGUGCUUGCUGAGGUAUCUGGGUCCUGCUGCCUGUCCCUGCCCCACCUGUGCUGUGCCACUGCCAUCUCCUUAGCAUCACCAACAGAUCUGGAAGGUCUCUUCAGCCUCAUCCAGCAGAAGACAGAGCUGCCUGUUACAGAGAAUGUACAGACAAUUCCACCUCCAUAUGUGGUCCGCACCAUCCUUGUCUACAGCCGUCCACCAUGUCAGCCCCAGUUCUCCUUGACAGAGCCCAUGAAGAAAAUGUUCCAGUGCCCAUAUUUUUUCUUUGAUGUUGUUUACAUCCACAAUGAUGCUGAUGAAAAGGAGGAGGAGAUGAGUUGGAAGGACAUGUUUGCCUUCAUGGGAAGCCUGGAUACCAAGGGUACCAGCUACAAGUAUGAGGUUGCCCUGGCUGGGCCAGCACUGGAGUUGCACAACUGCAUGGCGAAACUGUUGGCUCACCCACUGCAGCGGCCCUGCCAGAGCCAUGCCUCCUAUAGCCUGCUGGAGGAGGAGGAUGAAACCACUGAGGUCGAGGCCACUGUCUGAACCAUUAGAGUUCAUCUUAACCUCUUUGUAUAGUGAAACCCUUGGCCCAGAGUGCUGGUUCUCAGACUGGGCUCUGUGGGACCCCUGGGAGGAAACCCAGGAUUCCAGGAGGUGCCCCAGGAAUUCUAGGCAGCCACCCCUCCACCCCAUGUUUCCCAACCCACACCCACUCCUGGUUUGUGAGUUGUAAUUUUUGUUCUUUCUUGUGUGUUUUUUGUCGUCAAAAUAAACUGAGUAUUGCUAACCCACGUCCACAACAA